CCUGUGGGAGCCUCAGCUCAGGGGCGGGCAGGGGACGUGGGGAAGUCUGCAGUUAAGAGUCCAGAGAGGAGGAAGCUCCUGCGGGCUGAACGGGCCCUGGAGGAAGUGAGCAGCGGGGCUCCUGCCUCCCGGCCUGGUCCCCGAAGACCCCAGAAGAACCCGGAACUUGCUUCCAUUCGGAACCCAGGGACCACCCUUUGCACCCACUAGGCCUUUGUUUUCCUGCGUGGAAAGCGGUUGGGCUUGGGAGGCGAUGGAACCAGAGUUCUUGUACGACCUGCUGCAGCUCCCCAAGGGGGUGGAGCCCCCAGCGGAGGAGGAGCUCUCAAAAGGAGGAAAGAAGAAAUACCUGCCACCCACUUCCCGGAAGGACCCCAAAUUUGAAGAACUGCAGAAGGUGUUGAUGGAGUGGAUCAAUGCCACUCUUCUCCCCGAGCACAUUGUGGUCCGCAGCCUGGAGGAGGACAUGUUCGACGGGCUCGUCCUACACCAGCUAUUCCAGAGGCUGGCGGCACUCAAGCUGGAAGCAGAGGACAUCGCCCUGACAGCCACAAGCCAGAAGCACAAGCUCACAGUGGUGCUGGAGGCCGUGAACCGGAGUCUGCAGCUGGAGGAGUGGCAGGCCAAGUGGAGCGUGGAGAGCAUCUUCAACAAGGACCUGUUGUCCACCCUGCACCUCCUUGUGGCCCUGGCCAGGCGCUUCCAGCCCGACCUGUCCCUCCCAACCAACGUCCAGGUGGAGGUCAUCACUAUCGAGAGCACCAAAAGUGGUCUGAAGUCAGAGAAGUUGGUGGAACAGCUCACUGAAUACAGCACAGACAAGGACCAGCCUCCAAAGGACGUCUUUGAUGAAUUAUUUAAGCUGGCUCCGGAGAAAGUGAACGCAGUGAAACAGGCCAUCGUGAACUUUGUCAACCAGAAGCUGGACCGCCUGGGCCUGUCUGUGCAGAAUCUGGACACCCAGUUUGCAGACGGGGUCAUCUUACUCUUGCUGAUUGGACAACUUGAAGGCUUCUUCCUGCACUUAAAGGAAUUCUACCUCACUCCCAACUCUCCUGCAGAAAUGCUGCACAACGUCACCCUGGCGCUGGAGCUGCUGAAGGACGAGGGCCUGCUCAGCUGCCCUGUCAGCCCUGAAGAUAUCGUGAACAAGGAUGCCAAGAGCACACUGCGAGUGCUCUAUGGUCUGUUCUGCAAGCACACGCAGAAGGCACACAGGGACAGGACGCCCCGUGGAGCCCCGAAUUGACCCUCACUGCCUCCAAAGCCCAGAGCCUGCCUGUCAGCCCAGCUGGAGGGCCCGAGGCUGCAGGGUGUCCUCCCACAGUCCUGCUGUUUCCUGUGCAUUCGUGACCCGCUUCCCUCCCACCCUGUCUCCUGUCUCCAUCGUUGGAUUAUCUUUGAACCCCCUUGUGUGGAUCAUUUUGAGCCGCCUGACCUUGCUCAGUUUAUUUUAAUAAAAGUAUUUCUGGGAGGGAUUCUGGGAACGUGCCAGGGUCCUGGGGAGGGCCCUUAAACCUGCAGCCUCCCUCCCAUGGGGUGAGUGUGUGUCACAUCAGUCUCUCAUCUCUGGGCCCAGGCUAGUGACCGCCCAGAGAGGUGGCAUCACUCAGGGCUGGGGACUCUCAGGGACAGGGCCCACAGCCCCAGACCCCACCUUUUCCAGCCCAGCUCCCCACACCCACCUGCUUCUCACUCGGGAUGAUGGGCCCCAGAGUCACCCUCCAGGGCAGGAGCCCGAAUGGCUCCAUAGCCAUGCCCCCACCCACCGGGAGAAGUGGAUUCAGUGACUGUCAAAGCAACCCGGGCUGUGUCCUGCAGCUGCCCUCGUGAGUUUUGCCCAAAAGUCACAAAGAAGCAAUCUUCGUGGUUGAUUAGUGGGUUCAGGUCAUCUCCAGUCUGUCCUCGGGAGCUGUGGGUUCCCACUCGCUCCAGUGAGACUUGGCAUUUUCUGCACAUAAAGAAGAGUCGUGUGGGAGAAUUGCACAUAGUCAGUCCAGGGCAU